AUGAAUCUUUCACGAUUGUCAACAUCAAGUCGCAGCCGUGCUGUCGGCAGACUCGUCCAUGUCUCGAAUCGCUCCUAUACCCGCCCCUCGAUAGCGCCCAAGCCGACCGUCGACAUUAGACACAUCCGCAAUGCGCCUGGCCUCUACGAGCAAAACUGCAUAGCCCGCAACUACAAGCAGCAGUCANAAAACUCAUGGCGCAUCCUUGAGCUGCACGACAAGCUGCAACUGCAGCAGCGACACUCGAGAAACUUACGCGAACGCAACAAUGCCUUGAAACGCCAACUGGCAAACCCGGCCACAAGGCAGGACCCCGAUCUGCUGGAACAAGCAAAGCAGCUGAAGACUGAGCUCGCUGAGAUCGAUGCCCAAGACAAAGCGAUGAAUGAUGAGAUGGAAGAGCUGGCACUUGCACUACCCAACCUGAGCAGUCUAGACACUCCCGAAGGCGACGUACCAGCCGUCAAGGAGUACAUCAAUGAGCACCCCGAUCGCAAUCCUUCACCCUCGGAUCGUGUCUGGCGCAAUCACGUCCACGUUGGCUCAGAGCUCGAUAUGCUGGACUUCACUGCUUCGGCCACCACUUCAGGCUGGGGCUGGUACUUUCUCAAGAACGAAGCUGCUCUGCUCGAACAAGCUCUCAUUCAGUACGCUCUCACCAUCGCAAUGAAGCGCGGUUGGAAAGUCGUCUCACCUCCUUCGAUCGUCUACUCGCACAUUGCCCAUGCUUGCGGUUUCCAACCUCGUGACCAAAACGACGAACAACAAAUCUACGCUAUCACCCAGCCAGAGAAAGACAAGAACAAGCCUACGCUAUGCCUAGCAGGAACCGCCGAGAUCCCCUUCGCGGGCAUGAAAGCGAACACUGUCAUCGAAGAGGCAGACCUCCCGCUGAAGAUCAUCGGUGCUUCUCGCUGCUACAGAGCUGAAGCUGGUGCUAGAGGCAUUGAUACGAAAGGUCUAUACCGCGUUCACGAAUUCACAAAGGUCGAAAUGUUCGCCUGGACAAUGCCUGACAACGUAGGUGACGACCACUUCUCCGAGCCCACUCCUUCACCUUCAGCUGCUUUGUUCGACGAGAUGGUCGCCAUCCAAAAAGAGAUCCUACAGAAUCUAGGUCUACAUUGUCGUGUGCUGGAAAUGCCCACCACCGAACUAGGCGCUUCAGCAACCCGCAAGUUAGAUAUUGAAGCCUUCUUCCCCUCGCGCAGAGAAAAGGACGAGGGUUGGGGCGAAGUCACAUCCGCAUCCAUCUGCACAGACUACCAGACCAGACGUCUAGCCACCCGCGUCAAGACUGAAAAGUUCGGACGAAAGCAUGAGUGGCCGCACACCGUCAACGGCACUGCCCUCGCGGUACCCAGAGUUCUGGCCGCUAUCAUGGAAGCUGGAUGGCAGGAAAGCAGCAAGAGUAUGCUCAUCCCCGAGGUAUUGAGACCGUUCAUGGGUGGACUGGAGAGAAUCGAGAGGAGUAAUCGCAUCAGCAUUCAGUAG